AUGCCAGGUGACAGCUACGACCCGCGACGGGUGUCCGAGCCGGGGCGGGACCGCAGGCCCAGCGUCACCAUCACCUCACCUGGCUCUCCGGAGACCUAUCGGAUAAGAAGCCAUUCCCCUUCGAUCUCGGGGAAGCUACAGCUCAAGCUAUGGUUCGAGCCGGCCAACCAGCAGCUCGUGGUGACCAUCGUCAGCGCCGUGGACCUUCCUCCCAGACCCACGGGCCACCCCAGGAACCCCUACGCCAAGAUGUUUCUUCUUCCGGACAGAAGUGAGAAGUCUAAACGGAGAACGAAGACCAUAGCCAACAGCCUGGACCCGCGCUGGAACCAGACCUUCAUCUACUGCCCGCUGCGCCGCGCCGAGCUCAAGUCCCGCUCGCUCGAGAUCACGGUCUGGGACUACGAUCGCUACGGCGCCAACGACUUUCUCGGCGAGGUGGUGGUGGACCUGAACGCGGCGCCCCUGGAUGACGAGCCUGAGUGGUACUAUCUUUCAUCCCACGAAGAUGCUCUCCCGCCACACAUGCGUCGCAGCAUGUACGUGGACACGGAGUCAGCGUCGACAACCCUGACGACCACUGCCCCUUAA